CGAGAUCGAUCCAAGCCACGGUAUGCUAUGAGCUACUGAAACCUACCUAGCUACUCAAAAGAUCGAUCUAGCUUGGCGAGCGUGAGGUGGUGAGGUACGUUUACGUACGUACGUAUACUCAGCAUGGCCGGGUACACCGAAAUUUUGGACACCAACCAUCACGAGCACAAGGUGUGCUUGGUUCGCAAGGACGAACCUUUCAUUUGCUCUGGCUGCAAAGAGCUCGGCUUCGAGCUCCGGUACGCUUGCCACACUGCGGGCUGCAACCAUCAGUACCACAGGUCCUGUACACUGCAGCCUCUCAACACUCGCGUGCCAGCUCCCUUCUACAAGCACGACUUCUUCUUCUUCAAGUCGGUCAGUACAGCUGGUGCCCGUUGCGAGGCAUGCGCUGCUGAGGUGCGAGGUUACGUGUACUACUGCCCGGACAAGAAGGUCAGCCUGCACCCUUGCUGCGCAGAUCUCCCCCGCGUGAUAACCACCGAGACGGUGCAGCUGAAACUGGAGAGGAAGAUCACCAAGAAAUGCGGCAUGUGCCACGAGCGGAAUCAGGGGAGCUUCAGCAACCCAUGGGCCUACGCCUCCAGCGAGAAGAUGAUCCAGCUGCACGUCGCCUGCGUCCGGAAAGCUCUCGUUUCGCAGUUCGAGUCGAGGCUUUACGGCGUGCAAAAGCCGAAGAUGCUGCUGCCGCCGCCGCCUGCUGCUGGAGCAAGCGCUGCUUCUUCAACUAGUAGUUCGACUGCCAUUGUGGAAUGCAACAGCUUCCCCGUGCUCGAGGUGGAUAAGUACCGGAGGAAAUCGGCCGGGUUCCUCGAUACGUUCAGGCGGAUCGUCAGGGCAGUCAUGGCCAUGGUCUCGGCGGUGAUCACCGGGAACCAUUUGGAGAUAUACAUGGCUUUCAUAGAAUUCUUCAAACCGAACUGAGCUGACAACAUUUGCAUCUUUGCGGUUUGGAGCUCGUGUGUUUGUGCGCAGCACCAGUUUCUCCCUUUAAAUUAUAGAUUUGCUUUCAGAACUUGAAAAUGGGUUUGGGUGGUGUGUGGUGGUUCUUGCAAGUUGUAAUAAGGGGGAAAAAAAGGAACACAUUUGUUCGUACAAUUUUCAACAUAUAUGUAUAAGACGAUCAGUUUAACUGGAUAAGGUGGUUGUUUAAGCUGCA